AUGCCACAACUCUACCACUACCCACAAACGAACGAGGAGCUGAUCCAACACUACAAGCUCGAGCCUCAUCCCGAGGGCGGCUACUAUGCAGUCACAUGGAACAUGACCGAGACGAUGAAAUCGCCCUUCGCUUCGGACGAAGAGGAUCGGACCAUCGCCAGCUGCAUCUACUACCUACUUUGUCACAAGACGCCCGGAUGUACCGAUCCACCUUCCCACGCCCGCAGCUCCGAUGAGCCGGAUCCAUUCAAGACAUGGAGCAGCGAUAUCGGCGUGUUGCAUCUCAAUAAGUCGUCCACGAUGCACGUUCACCACGCCGGCAGAGCAAAGUACACUCUCAUCUCUGCGAAAGCGCCGCUCGGCAAAGGACUUGUCGAUGAGAAUGGCGAUCCGCUCACAAAGACGGUCGUGAUGGGCGACGACAUCGCUAAUGGAGAGAUACGGCAGCUCCUGGUCGAAGGCGGUUGGUGGAAAGUCAGCGAGAUUCCAGAAGCAGAUCGUACCGCAGUGGAGAACGGCAAAGCUGAUGGCUCGAGAGCAGGCGCCCUGAUCUCCGAGGUCGUCACUCCAGGCUUCCACUGGAACGACCACACUUACCUCAAUCAGGCUAAGUUGCGAGAGCUCUUUGCCGGCAGCUCGCGGUCAGAAGCGCUGUACGAAAAGUUCAAGAAGUACGUCAAGGAGCUGUGA